GAUGAUGAUACAUUGCUUUCCUGUAUGAAAUUAAGCAAAUCCCAAGAAAAGAAAGCUAAUAACAUGAUCACACAGAAGAAGGAAGAAAUGGAUGUUAGAUUGAUGUCUCUUUCUGCACCCCUGGGUACAUCCAGCUUUUUAGAUGAAUUCUACUUAGAAGAUGUAGUGUCUGCUUAUGAAGGUGAAGUUCCAGUGUGGAAGAACUGGAAACUUUUUCCAGAAAACCCACUCUGGACAUGUGCUGAUUACCAAAUUGCCCCAGUUGGAAGCUGGGGCAAUGGAUGCUCUUGUAGUCCUCACCCACGUCUCAAGUCUUCUUAUACAGAUGUGGAUUUCUUACAUUCAUGGCGCAGCAGCAGUUUUGGGAAUUUUGAUCGUUUUCGGCAUAAUUCCGUAUCAAAACCGGACGAUUCAACUGAGGUCCAUGAAAGGGAACCAAUGAAUGAAAGUGAAGAACAAAAUAAAACUUUAAAUAAUGGAGGAGGCCUAGGUAAAAAAAUGAGGGCUAUUUCAUGGACAAUGAAGAAAAAAGUGGGCAAAAAGUACAUCAAAGCCCUUUCUGAAGAAAAAGAUGAGGAAAAUGGAGAGGAAACCCUCUCGUAUCGGAACAGUGAUCCCAUGAUUGGGACCCACACAGAGAAGGUCUCUCUCAAAGCCAGUGACUCUAUGGAUAGUCUCUACAGUGGGCAGAGUUCAUCAAGUGGAAUAACAAGCUGUUCAGAUGGCACAAGUAACCGGGACAGCUUUCGACUGGAUGAUGACAACCCCUACUCAGGACCAUUCUGUGGCCGUGCCAGAGUGCAUACAGACUUCACACCAAGUCCCUAUGACACCGACUCCCUCAAAAUCAAGAAAGGAGACAUCAUAGACAUUAUCUGCAAAACACCAAUGGGAAUGUGGACAGGAAUGCUGAACAGUAAAGUGGGAAACUUCAAAUUUAUUUAUGUGGAUGUAAUCUCAGAAGAGGAAGCAGCCCCCAAGAAAGUCAAGGCACAUAGAAGCACUGAAAGAGAAAACCCCAAGUCUCUGCAGGAGUUCUUAGAGAGGAUUCAUCUUCAGGAAUACACUUCAACACUGUUGCUCAAUGGUUAUGAGAAUCUGGAAGAUUUAAAGGAUAUCAAAGAGAGUCAUCUCAUUGAAUUAAACAUUGCUGAUCCACAAGACAGGACAAGAUUGCUUUCAGCUGCUGAGAGUCUCCUUGAUGAAGAAACUACCGAAGAGCAAGAAGAUGAAUCUGUUCCUCUGUCCUUAAGUCCAGAUGUCUUAAGUAAGUCACAGUUAGAUAAUUGCCCAAGGGACUCCGGUUGCUAUAUCUCAUCAGGAAACUCAGAUAACGGCAAAGAAGAUCUGGAGUCAGAAAAUCUGCCUCACAUGGUACAGAAGAUUACCAUCUCGGAGCCAAGUGACUGAACACACGUUCUCAGCUACACGUCUAAGGCUGCAUUCCAUUUGAACUCAUGUACUAUAAGAUCAAGUUGAGAGAAAGGGAAAUAUUUCCAAAUGCAUCCCAGAGUUCCAAGUGUUUAAUUUGAAAGACUGUACAUACAAGUUUGUGUCUCUAAAUGUCCUAAUGAUUGUAUGUAAAAUGUAUAUUUAUUAAAUACUGUGUUAGUAUUUUA